AUGAUCGGUGGAGAGUCGGUCAUUCCGGUGAAAUGGGUGGCAAACGAGAAGGUUUCAAUGAUGAAAUGGGCGAGAAAGUUCGGCGCUGCUGCAUUUCAAGUGGAGCAUCGUUUCUUCGGUUACAGCAGACCGUUUCCGGAGAUGACCACCGAAGCACUUGCCUACUGCACUACAGAACAAGCGCUUGCCGAUCUCGCUGAAUUCAUCCGUCAAAUGAAUGAGAAAUAUAAGUUCCCCAGUCCGAAAUGGGUAACAUUUGGUGGCUCAUAUCCAGGUUCGUUAGCGGCAUGGUUCCGUGCGAAGUACCCUGAACUCACCGUUGGUUCCGUCGCAAGUUCAGCACCUGUGAACCUCAAGCUUGAUUUUUACGAAUAUAGUAUGGUUGUCCAAGACGUUCUGCUGGAAACAGACAAAACCUGUCACGAUAAAGUGAAAGCAGCCUUUAAACACAUACAACGUCUGAUACUGACUAAAGAUGGUCGAGAUCAACUUAAUGAAGCGCUUAGGUAG